AUGGACAACUCCUGCCUCCUCGACCUCCUCAUCCGGUGCUUCGCGAUGACCGAGCCCGAGGACCUCAACUUCACCGCGUUCACGGACCUCUGCCGCCUCUGCUCGCUCAAGAGCGGACCUCGUCUCCACAUCUUCGACAAGGAGGCUGAGCAGAGGCAGAUACUAUUCAAACUUCGCACUUGUCUACCCACUAUGCAGAUAUCGAAAGAUGACUUUUUGCCGAAGAAGAUUUGUGAAAGGUGCGUCACGAGGCUGGAACAACUCUACGAAUGGCGGCAAAGUUGUCUCAACACGGAUUCCGUGCUUAGGAAUUAUGCUGAGUCCAUGAGAAUCGUUACAUCGACUAUCAACUUUCAGGAUGGCACCGUUAAUAUGGAUAAAAUGACAGAAGCACAAAAAACAGCGUAUUUAGAAGCACAUGUAGCAGUUCAACAGCACAUGGCCCAAGCUGCUGCUGCCGCUCGCCGUGAACAACAACAGCAGCAGCAGCAGCAGCAACAACAACAACAACAACAACAGCAACAACAACAACAGCAGCAGCACCAACAGCAUCAGCAACAGCAGCAACAGAAUACUACAACAAAUAGCAAUCGACACCACCAAGAAAUGCAGCAACAACAACAACAGCAGCAACAACAGCAGCAACAACAGCAGCAACAACAGCAGCAACAACAACAGCAACAACAACAGCAACAACAACAAGCACAAAGUGCUAGCACUCAUCCUGGUCACCCAUCACCACCUACAGUUAGCUCCACACAACAUCAUUACACUACAAUAAAUUCUCCAAUAAAAGUCCCACAAGUGAGCUCCAGUACCGGUGGCCCAGAUUCUACAUUUACAGUACCAGAUGAUGUGGGAAUGGGAUUUGAAGGAGGAGUUCGUGUUCUACAAAGCCUUGGAAAUUGGUCGCCGGAAGUAACAAAUACAAUUCCAAGACCAAAUUUAAUACCAUUUACGGAACCAUAUACUGAAGGUGGAUCUAUGCACCCUGGAACGCGACUUAAAGCGUUACAAGGAUCGUCUGUUGUGAGAAAACACCCCACAAUCAAACCUACAAGUUCAACGAGUGAAAGUAGCAAAGCAUUUGAAUGUACAGUAUGUGGAAAAGGAUUGGCUCGUAAAGACAAAUUAACAAUCCACAUGAGAAUACACACAGGUGAAAAACCAUACGUUUGCGAAGUGUGUAAUAAAGCGUUUGCGAGAAGGGACAAGCUGGUACUUCACAUGAAUAAACUAAAGCACAUAACGCCGUCCAAUAUAGCUCCACUAGGUAAACGAACUAUAACUAUACCGCCUUUAAAGUUAGAUGACGUAAAGCCUCAAUUAACUAAACAAGAAGAUACAAAACCUAGCCAAGCGGAAAUUGCAGCUGCUGCUGUAGCUCAACAACAGCAGCAACAGCAACAACAACAGCAGCAACAACAACAACAACAACAGCAGCAGCAGCAACAACAACAACAUUCCCAUCAGCAGCCUAUACAGGUCUGCCAGGUACCUGGACACAACUUUACGAAUACAAAUCUAGUCCACACAAGCGCGGCGAGCGCCGCCGUAGCGGCUGCCACAGCCGGCAUGGUAGUAUCUUGGUCCUGUGAACUUUGUGGUAGACUUUUUGCUACUAGAGAAGAGUGGACUGCUCAUGCAAAAUCACAUUUACCAGACAACAAGCUCUUACAGGAUAAGAUGCAGGCGACACAACAUCAGCAACAAGAAAAAGUUCAUCUAACGAAUCAGGAAAAACUUCAGUUGCUGCACCAUCACAACCAAAAUCAGCAGAUAUUGAAUGGGCACGGCAUUGCCUCAGCUUCAGUGUCUACAGCUACAGUGGUUAAUGAAAAUAGUGGCGGGACCUAUUUCACGCAUGGUCAUACACACUAUGCACCAGAGAGACAGCAUACACAAGCACAUCACUUGUGUCUAAUGUGUCGGCAGGAAUUCGCGGGAAAAGCCGAGUUUAUGUUCCACGUGAGAGGACAUUUUGAAGGUAAAGUGAGUGAUAUAGCGGCGGCCGAUGUUCUGGCCAGAUCGCUAGUGGAUAAUUCCGGAUUGUGUACCUGA